ACCACCAAUGACGUCAGCGAGGAAGACAUUCAGGCCGCGCGCAGGUGGCUUGAGAAACUCAGUGCCGAAACGGUCCCUAAAACCAUUGCUGAAUUGUCCUUCAGCAGGUCGUCAGGUCCAGGUGGGCAGAACGUGAACAAAGUCAAUUCGAAAGCCACGCUCAAGGUGCCCCUCGAUGCUCUGCUCAGAUAUAUCCCCAGCGCUCUCCACUCCGAAAUCCGCGCCUCUCGAUACAUGGCCCCAAGAUCCAAUUCCAUCAUCAUACAGGCCGAUGACAGCCGCAAGCAGGCUGAUAAUGCCCAGAGCUGCUAUGCACGGCUGCACCAGGUCAUUGUCGAAGCAGGGCGGAAUGCACUGCCUGGAGAAACGUCCGUCGAACAGGCACAACGUGUGAAGAAUCUGCAGAAGGCCGACAACGAACGGCGGUUGAAGUCGAAGAAGAUGCUCAGCAGCAAGAAGAGUUCUAGGAGGGCUGGGCGUGGCGAU